AUGGCCGCAAAACGUGGACCAGACGGCAGCAUCGCAUCUGAGCAACCAGAUUCUAAGAAGAUUAUGAGUGGACCGCGUCAGCAUUUUCAAUCUACCAGACCACCACCACCGCCCCUCACAGGACUAGGAGUCCCUCAGCGCCCUCCUCCACCAUACUCACCAGGUGGAUCAGUCUUUGGCCGUCCGAAUCCACCAACCGAUCCACAGACUUGGCGGGAUCCCCCACAGCCACCACAGCGUCUACCACAACGGCUGCCUGGACCAGUGCCCGCAUCAUGGCGGAAGCAGGCGGAAUCAACUGCAUCUGCAUCGUUUCAAGAUGCCCAACGUGCGUUGAACGACGCAUCCGACGGACUCGUUACAGCCAUGAACACCAAAGAUGAAGAGAACGCCAGCCUUCGACAACAGGUGUUCCAGCUGGAGUUAGACAAGGGUGUGGCGCAAAUCCGUGUUGCUGAGCUGGAAGUAGAGAAGAAAGCACUAAGAGACCGUAACGAUCUGCUGGAGAAACAGGCAAGAAACCUGCAGCAGCGGCUAGAUCGGCAGAUGAAGGUGGUUGAAACGGCGGAGAAGUUGACCGACUUGAGCAACAAGGUCGGAUGGAAGCGUUUCAUGACGGUUGCGGACCAGUUGAAGGAGGCUGUUGAAGAGAACAAAAGACUUGAUGCUACGGAGACGAAGGCAUGA